AUGUACUAUAUUCUUUACCUGGCAAGCCUUUGCCGUCGCCGCCGCUGGCAAGAGCCCUCCUACGAAGCCUAUCCCUCCCAAACAGGCUCAGGCCUGGGCUUCACCUGCGUAGUCCGGGUAAACAACCGCGAAUACCAAACAGAAAGCGCAUGUGCCUCGGAGGUUCUCGCCCGCGAGAGUGCCGCCAUGCGCGCAUACCUCAUCUGCCGCAACUUCUCCGUCAGCGAUGGCAUGAUUCCUGCCGGUCAUUCUGCGCGGACGCACGGCGGCGCCGUGCAGGGGAUUCCCGUUGCCAUCGGGACGGGUCGGAAGGCGAGAGACGAUGACGAUACGGAGGGAAGCACUAGUAGUAGUGCUUGUGGGGGCAGUUGGAGCAGUGGCGGGAGUAGUCCUGAGCGGAUGAUGCGGUUGGACCGGGAGCUGCAGAUGAAUUUGGGGCUGGAUUCCGGGCUGGGAUCGAGUUCUGGGUCUGGGUCUGAGGCGAGUUCGACGAGACCUGUCUCUUUGAUUGGGAUGGUUGAUUAUGCGAGAGAGAUGUGA